CCCGCCCCUUCGGCGCCACCACGUGUGUCCUAGCGCUCGGCGGCCACCCGACUCAGUCCCUCGCCGGCCGGUCGGGGCAGCGGAGGAGGUGGCUGGCAGUGGCUGGAGGCUUCGCUAUGGGAAGUGGUUCCUUUGCCCUCUCGCGCCCAGCCCUCCUCCCUGGUUCUCCGCAGCCGCUGUUGGAGGAGAGCACCGGGAGGCGUGGGGUGCAGCCGCGGCUGCCUCUCCCGGCCCGGGCGGCCGCGCCGUUGGGCAGGUGCUGAGCGCCCCUCGGAGCCUCCCUGACCGCCUCCCUCCUCUGCCCGGCUGCCCGGCUGCCGCAGUGCACAUGGGGUCUUGGAGGUAGAUGGGCUCCCGGCCCGGGAGGCGGCGGUGGAUGCGGCGCUGGGCAGAAGCAGCCGCCGACUCCAGCAGCCCGGGGGCCGCGUGCCCUGGGCACCCGUGCGAGCCCCGGGCUCAGCCAUGGGGACCCCUGCGAGCAGCAGCACCGCCCUCGCCUCCUGCAGCCGUGUCGCCGGAACCACGAUGAUCGCAGGCUCCCUUCUCCUGCUUGGAUUCCUUAGCACCACUACGGCUCAGCCAGAGCAGAGGACCCCGAGUCUCACUGGCAAAUACCACCAUGUUGACCGUGCCACCGGCCAGGUGCUGACUUGUGACAAGUGUCCAGCAGGAACCUAUGUGUCUGAGCACUGUACCAACACAAGCCUGCGUGUCUGCAGCAGUUGCCCUGUGGGGACCUUCACCAGGCAUGAGAAUGGCAUAGAGAAAUGCCAUGACUGCAGUCAGCCAUGCCCAUGGCCCAUGAUCGAGAGAUUACCUUGUGCUGCCUUGACUGACCGAGAAUGCACUUGCCCACCUGGCAUGUUCCAGUUUAAUGCUACCUGCGCCCCCCAUACAGUGUGUCCUGUGGGAUGGGGUGUGCGGAAGAAAGGGACAGAACUCGAGGACGUGCGGUGUAAGCAGUGUGCUCGGGGUACCUUCUCUGAUGUGCCUUCCAGUGUGAUGAAAUGCAAAGCAUACACAGACUGUCUGAGCCGGAGCCUGGUGGUGGUCACGCCGGGGACCAAGGAGGCCGACAACGUCUGUGGCACACUCCCUUCCUCCUCCAGCACGGCCCCGCCUGCCCCCGACACAGCCAUCUUUUCACAUCCUGAGCACAUGGAAUCCCCUGAAGUCCCUUCCUCCACUUACGCUUCCAAAGGCAUGAACUCAACAGAAUCCAACUCUUCUGCCUCUGUUAGACCAAAGGUACCGAGUGGCAUCCAGGAAGGGACAGUCCCUGCCAAUGCGAGCUCAGUGAGCAGGGGGGAAGGCGUGAACAGGACCCUCCCAGACCUGCAGGUAGCCCACCAGCAAGGCCCCCACCACAGACACAUCCUGAAGCUGCUGCCAUCCAUGGAGGCCACCGGGGGCGAGAAGUCCAGCACGCCCCUCAGAGGCAUCAAGCGGGGCCACCCCAGGCAGAACUUACACAAGCAUUUUGACAUCAACGAGCAUUUGCCCUGGAUGAUUGUCCUUUUCCUGCUGCUGGUGCUGGUGGUGAUCGUGGUCUGCAGUGUCCGGAAAAGCUCAAGGACUCUGAAGAAGGGGCCGCGGCAGGAUCCCAGUGCCAUUGUGGAAAAGGCAGGGCUGAAAAAAUCUGUGACCCCAAUCCAGAACCGGGAGAAGUGGAUCUACUACUGCAAUGGCCAUGUAAAAAGAAUGGAAGUGCCAAAUGAAACAGAGCCCAGCCUUACCUUCUGUGAAAGCAGUGUUCCAGCAUUCUGUUUCCCAAGCAUUGAUAUCCUGAAGCUCGUAGCAGCCCAAGUGGGAAGCCAGUGGCAGGACAUCUAUCAGUUCCUGUGCAAUGCGAGUGAGCGGGAAGUGGCUGCUUUCUCCAACGGGUACACGGCGGACCACGAGCGGGCCUACGCGGCGCUGCAGCACUGGACCAUCCGGGGGCCUGAGGCCAGCCUCGCCCAGUUAAUUAGCGCCCUGCGUCAGCACCGGCGCAAUGAUGUGGUGGAGAAGAUUCGAGGGCUAAUGGAAGAUACAACCCAGCUGGAAUCUGACAAACUGGCUCUCCCCAUGAGCCCCAGCCCCCUGAGCCCCAGCCCGGUCCCCAGCCCCAACACCAAACUUGAGAAUGCCACUCUCCUGACGGUGGAGCCCUCCCCGCUGGAUAAGAACAAGGGCUUCUUCGUGGACGAGUCUGAGCCCCUUCUUCGCUGUGACUCCACAUCCAGUGGCUCCUCGGCGCUGAGCAGGACCGGCUCCUUUAUUACCAAAGAAAAGAAGGACACAGUGUUGCGGCAGGUACGCCUGGACCCCUGCGACUUGCAGCCUAUUUUUGAUGAUAUGCUCCAUAUUCUGAACCCUGAGGAGCUGCGGGUGAUUGAAGAGAUUCCUCAGGCUGAGGACAAGCUGGACCGCCUGUUUGAGAUUAUUGGCGUCAAGAGCCAGGAAGCCAGCCAGACCCUCUUGGACUCUGUUUAUAGCCAUCUUCCCGACCUAUUGUAAAACGCGAGGGAUACUGCACUCUGGAAGUUACUCAAUUUAGUGGCUGAGUGGUUGGUUUUGUUCUGUUGUGUGUGUAUGUGUGUGUGUGUGUGUGUGUGUGUGUAUGUGUAUGUAACAGAGUAUAUGGCCAGUGUUUUGAGUUUUCUUUUUUUUUUAACCCUCUCGGGAAGUUCGUUUAUAAGCCUUUUCAAGGUGUAACUUGCAGAAUACCCACCACUAAAGUUUUUUAGGUUCCAUAGUUUCUCUGUUUGAUCUGCCUUCUUCUGCAUUUUCAAAAUUGUUCUGUGCACUUUAAAUUCACUAAAUGUACCACAAAUGCCGUGUGGCUUUUCCUGCACACCGAGUUGCGAGGCUCUUAACUUCUUACAAGCAUAAUGGCAUCUUGUGACUACUGUUAGCAGCCUCCAUGUCUCGUCCACAACCGCUUGUUUAUUACUGUUUUGAUUACUAUUUGUCAUUUAUGAAUUUUUCUCAAGGGUUAAAGAAAUGGAAGACCCUGUUGCGUUACUGUAAUGCAAUUAGAUUUUUAGUCCUCUUUUUAAUAAGCCUUGUCGUCUGGUUCAUAUUCACGGCUUGAAGUGUGACCACACUGGGCUGAUGGCACAUUUUUUCCCCCAAACAGCACAUCAAGUGCUUAUCACUCAUUCUCCUCUUAACGCUACUAUGCUCUAGGCUGGAGACCUGAAAUCCUCAAGCCAUCAGGACUUGCUAUUUAAGUGGCUUGACAGCUGGGCCACCAAAGAACUCCAUCUUUUAGGGAUUGAGCUGUACUGGAACAUAUUACUACACUUUGGAAUGUCACAACUGAGUGCCAGUGGCACCUUUUCCAUAGGGGAUUUGCCCUGCUUUGCUUUAAAAGAUGUGUCUUUUUUUAUACACACAUAGUCGUCAGGUCUUUUGCCCUCAAGGUCUUGAUCUUGGUGGGUUUCCUUCAUUGUUCAGUCAGUUGCAUUAAAAAUGGCUGCAGCUGUAAGAACUCUUGUCUGAUAUAUUUGCAACUCUGCUCCCAUUUAUAAACGUGCUCUCUAAUGCUCAGUUGCCAGAUUCUAAUACAAAGGUGGUGUGGACUCCCUCUAUGUGGGCAGGAUUUGUGGGUUGUGGUGAGGAAAUGAUAUCAGAAAAAUGCCUUCAAGUGUACUAAUUUAUUAAUAAAUAUAAGGUGUUUGUUACUUGA